AUGGCAGAGUCAAGUGAUAAUCUUAAGGAUGUGUAUAAAGAUAUUUUUACGAUAAAUGACUAUUUUUAUGUGACGGAUAAAGGUCAUUUUAGAGUUGAUACAAAAUACGUAGAAUUAAUCGACGAAUAUUGUCAUUACGAGAAUAAUUCAGGAAAUUACAAAUGUGAUGAUUAUUUUCUAUGGGCUAGCUGUAGUUUUAUUUAUUUGCUAAAAAAUUUUAAGAAGUAUGGUUUAGAAUAUGAUAAAUUUGCCGAAUACGCUAUUUUAUGGUUAAGUUAUAAACUAAAUACAGUGCAAGAUAAAUGUGAUAUGAAUUUAAAUAAUUUUUAUACUAAUCAUAUAGAAAAAAAUGAGUAUUAUAAUAAUAUAAUAAAAGAUGAUGAUACUACGACUUAUAUGAAAAUUAUAGAUAAAAUAAAAGAUUUGAUGGAUAUUAAAGAAAUAUCUAAAUUUAAUGAUCCAUUUAGUAUAUUAUUUUAUUUGUAUAAUGCAUUUCAUGAUGAACAUGUGAAUUGCACAAACCUUUCGAAAAAAGCUAAUCAAUUUGCUCAAUAUUUUGAAACAGUCAAUAAUGAUUCUAAUAAUAUAAAAGACAGUCCAUUUAGUCAAAUAUUGUCUACAUUAUCAAAUGAUUAUAACAAUUUAAAAAAUAAUUAUGGUAAUAGUAAAUGCCCCGAUUUUAAAUCACGUCCAGAAUUAACCCCCAAAAAAAUUCCUGUAAGAAAUUCUGGAAUAGAUUCUGGACAAACAUUGGGACAGACUCCUGAAGGUACAUCAUCAAGUCCAUCGAUAUUAAACACAGUAAUUCCAGGUUUAUCAACAUUUUUUGUAAUACCAGUUUUCUUGGGAGUUGCUUAUAAGUAUUCAUUAUUUGGAAUUGAUAAACUAUUUCAAAGACAAUAUAUAAAAAAAAAAUUAAAAAAAAUAAAGAAAAAAAUGAAACAUAAUAUAUGA